AUGACAAAAAAGGACGUGGUUUAUUAUUAUCAUAAAGAUGUUGGAAAUUAUCAUUAUGGUAAGGUUUCAUUUUUUUAAUUGAGAAAAAAAGCAAAAUUGAACGUUCAAAAUUAUUAUACCAUAUAAAAGUUUGAAAUUCUAAAUUCACGGGAUUUUUUUUGUUAUUUCAAAAAUCUGGAAAUGUGACGUGGAAAACAACGUAAAAAAUUUCAUUGAAAAAAUUUUUCAAACUGCCACGUGACAACAAUAAAAAUCGAUUAAAAAAAACUAGUAAAAUAUUUUUUUUUGAAAAUAUCCUCCUUUGAUAAAUAUUAAAAAUAUGUUAUUUCAGGGCGGCAUCAUCCAAUGAAACCACAAAGAUUACAAGCUUGUAAUGAUUUAAUAGUUGCUUAUGGUUUACAUAAAAAAUUGAAAGUUGUAGAAAGUCCGAGAUUGAAUGUUAGCGAUUUAGUGUAAGUUGAUCUUCAUUUUUUUCUAGAUUUUAAUACACAAUUUAUUCAUUUUCAGAACAUUUCAUUCUCGAGAAUAUAUUGAUUUUUUACGAAAAGCUUCUCCAAAAUGUGCAAGUGAAUUAGAAUCGUCAUUUUCGAGUUUUAAUAUUGGAGAAGAUUGGUUAGAAAAUUUUCAUUUGAAAACAUCAAAACCUUUUAUUUUAUUUUAGCCCAAUAUUUUCUGGAAUGUUUGAUUAUUGCUCAUUAUAUGCUGGUGGAUCUGUUGAAGGAGCAAGGCGAUUGAAUCAUAAAUUGAAUGAUAUUGUGAUAAAUUGGCCAGGUGGAUUGCAUCAUGCAAAAAAAGGAGAAGCCAGUGGUUUUUGUUAUGUUAAUGAUAUUGUUUUGGGGAUAUUGGAAUUAUUGAAAUAUCAUAAAAGGUUUGGAAUAAUGCGAAACUAAAAUUGUUACAACAAGAUAUUCAUUUUUGUAGGGUUUUAUACAUCGAUAUUGAUAUUCAUCACGGAGAUGGUGUUCAAGAAGCAUUCAAUAAUACAGAUAGGGUCAGUUUUUUCAAAUACAUUUUUUACGGGUCCUGUUCUCGAAAAGGCGAGAGCUUUUAUUUAUUAAGAAUGGACUUUGAGAUAAAAUUAUUGAAAUUUCAAAAAUAAUGUUAAAGCAACAUCUUUCACUCAUUCAGAAAAUACUGAUCCUUUAAAAAUCCGGAAUUCCUAACCAAAAAACAAAAUCGUAUUUUUUGCAGGUGAUGACAGUUUCUUUUCAUCGAUACGGUAACUUUUUCCCGGGAACUGGAAGUUUGUAUGAUCGAGGAAUUGAUGCUGGAAAAUUAUUUGCAGUAAAUGUACCUUUGAAUGAAGGAAUAACUGAUGAUAGUAAGAGUUUCCGAAAUAUUCUUUGAUCAUUUUUCAAUCCUUGUUUUUUUUCAGAUUACAAGUUCAUUUUUGAACCAAUUAUAAGUUCUGUUAUGGAGAACUUCGAUCCUGAAGCAAUUGUUUUGCAAUGUGGAUCAGAUUCUUUGGGAGAAGAUCGACUUGGAUCAUUCAAUGUUUCGUGAGUUUUUAAAAAAAUAAUUAUUUUUAAUAAUCUGUUUUGUUUCUAAUUUCAGUUUUGAUGGACACGCUCAUUGUGUAGCUUUUGUUAAAUCAUUUCGAAAGCCUAUGUUGGUUUUAGGAGGUGGUGGAUAUACUUUGAGAAAUGUGGCAAGAUGUUGGGCAAAUGAAACUGGAGUUUGUUUGGAUAUCGAAUUACCAAAUGAAAUACCAGAAACUGCAUGUUAGUUUAUUUUUUGAAAUUACUCACAGUCAACUAAUUCAAUUAUUGCAGUAUAUUAUCAAUUCUUCACCCCUGGAUUUCUUCUCAAACCACCUUUAAAACAACGACAUACCGAUGCAAAUACACAACCAUUUUUGGAAGCUUUGAAGUCAGAUAUUCUGGAUUGUUUACGGCAAAUACGUGGUGCUCCAAGUGUUCAAAUGCAAACUAUACCUGGUUCAAGACUUGAUGAAUUAGAAAUUAUCGAUUUACACGAUGCAAAAUAUGUCAAAAAUAAGGAAGGAAUACCAGAAUUGAAAAAAUGGGAAGCAACUGCAGAAUUGAAUUAUUUUACAGAUGCAUUCAAAUUUUUGAAAGGAGAAAAGGAGGAAGAUGAAGAAGAGAAGAAAACAAUUUGUAUACCCGAAGAUGAUUCUUCAGAUGAUAAAAUUCCAAGAAAUUGGCCAGAAGGAUGGAAAAACAGUUUGCGAGGUUUCAGUCGAUCGAAAAAUUUAAAAGAAUUGAGAGAAAUGGAAAGAGAAGCAAGUAAACGACUUAAAGUUGAUGUGAAUAUUGUUCAAUAA